CUGAUUCCAUAGUUUUUGGUUUACGCUUGCCGCCUACGGGAGUUAUCGGUGUGAAUUCGCGCGUUUAUAAUUUUAAUUAACAAAUUUAUGUCGACAAAUCUAUAGUAUGGGUGCAUAUUUAUCAGAACCCGUUACGGAAAAAAUAUCUAAUGAUGAAUCAAACAAUAAAUAUGAAUGCGGCGCGAGUUCCAUGCAGGGGUGGCGUGUCAACCAAGAAGAUGCCCAUAACACAAUCUUGGAUUUUGAUACGAAUACAUCACUAUUUGCGGUUUUCGACGGGCACGGUGGAGCUGAAGUAGCUACAUAUUGUUCUCAGAACUUACCGAAUUUCAUAAAAAAUACAGAGGCUUAUAAAAAUGGAGAUCUGGUUAAAGCAUUGACUGAUGCCUUUCUUGGUUUUGAUGCUUCAAUUGCAACAAAAGAGGUUAUGGACAUUUUGAAAGAGCUUGCAGGUGAAAUAAACCCUGCUGGACCCAGUGACAAUGAGGAAUCUGAAGAUGAGUGUAUUAGUAAUUUAUAUAAGGAGGCUCGUCUUCCCCUUCAGGAAGUGCUGGCUAAGUAUGAAAACAAAUUAAGUACACUACACAGAGCCAGGCUCGGUGAUAAGGCUACUCCACUAUCUCCUUGUCUUCGUGCUAAAAAGAAUAUUGAUGAACCAGGUGGCUCAGGUUUGGGAGCAUCAAGUUCUAGUGCAGAGUGUAGCACCGCUGGGUCAAGUAGUGAACAGCCCAUUGAGGCCUCUUCUAGCAGUAAUGGUGCAAAUUCAAAAGAAACACAAAAUGGGGAUGAUACCGGAGGAGUCUCUUCAACAAAUUCCAGUGAUGAUAAAGAACGAAAUGGAGAGGUUUCAACUAGUGAACCACAAGAAACGCCAGAGAAAGUUCCAAUGGAGGUAGAUACAACUCCGGACAGUUCAGCCGAUAAUGCUUCCAGACAGCCGGAACAAAGUGAAAGCACUGAUAAGCCUAAUAGUGGCCCAGCAGAGGUCUGUAACGGGGAGGUCUCAGAUUCUAAGCAGGGUGAGGAAAACAUUACGUCUUCUAAUGGAGUAUCAACCCCAGAAGCGAGUAAAGACAAGUCUCCGGUUUCAAGCUCUGACAAACCAAUGCCUGAUCGUCCCAAGAAAUCGAAACUCCGAAGAGCGGCAGCAGCCGUGUAUGAGUCUCUGCUCCGUCAAGCCACUGCCGAUGAUGAUGAGAGUGACUCCAACGAUGAGACCUUUGAAGGAGGCGAGGUAGACUCUUCAGAAGAAGACAAUCUUAAUGGCGUAGAGGAGUCUUCUAAUGAUGGUGAAGCUGAGGAAGAAGAGGAAGAAGACGAAGAAGCGGAGUCUAGUGAUGAAGGAGAAGACAUCUCCAUGACCGAGGAGCCUGGGAACGACAGUGGGUGUACAGCGGUCGUUGCUUUGUUGAGAGGCAAUGAGCUAUACGUAGCAAACGCCGGAGACUCCCGUUGCAUAAUAUGCAGAGAAGAAAAAGCGAUAGACAUGUCGAUAGACCACAAACCCGAGGACGCUCCAGAGUUGGAAAGGAUCACGAAAGCGGGAGGCAAAGUCUCCAACGACGGCCGCAUCAACGGCGGCCUCAACCUGUCCAGGGCCAUCGGGGACCAUUCGUACAAACAGAAUAAAGACCUGGGCGCCACGGAGCAGAUGAUCACAGCUCUACCGGAUGUCAAGACAUUGACAAUAGAGCCAGAGAAGGACCAGUUUAUGGUGCUGGCCUGUGAUGGCAUAUGGAAUUAUAUGUCUAGUCAGGAGGUGUGCGACUUCAUCUUGCCGAGGCUGGCUGAAGGCAGGGAGAAACUAUCGCAAAUAUGCGAAGAGAUGUUCGACCAUUGUUUAGCUCCGAGCACAAUGGGCGACGGCACGGGCUGUGAUAACAUGACUGCGAUUAUUGUACGGUUCAAAGACGGAGUCAUCGCCGAAGUCGCUCAAGCCGAAUCCAAGAAGAGGGCGGCCGAAGAACUCCCCGAGGAACAACAGGACUCCAAGCGACCAAAGGUCGACGACCCCUUGUCCAGUUCAAUAGUAACUUCGAGUGUUUAAUUUGUGACUGAAAUGUGGAGUGGUUAAUUUAGGUUUAAAUUAGGUUUUCAAAAAUCCCAUUUUUAUAUAAGUCAAUAGAUGACCGAAUACUUGACAGUUAAUUCAAAACCAUGCACGGAUUAGGGAUGAACGGCCUCCAUUUUUGUAUCAAAGCCAGUGUCGACUAUUUCAUUUCACGCUUGCUUUGUACUCUGUGUCUACAUAAACAAUCGUUAUCUAUUUCAUGGUUUGAAUUAUAAUUAAUUUUACACCCAAUCACUAAGACAAUAUUUGAGCAGCUCCAACAUUUUAAUGAGUUUUCCGUUAUUUGGGUGGCUUGUAUUUUAUAAGCUGCUGGGUUCGGUUCCCGGUGAAACAAUAUUUAUUGACCGAAGACUGGUGAGAAACAGGCAGAAAUAUGUCAAUCCCAGUAUUCUAUUGGUUAAAUUUAGACCUUAUGUAACUGUUUUAAUAGGUCUUAUGAAUAUUUUCUUAGAACCAACGUUUAAUUUUAGCAGAAAGAUCAUAAUUUAUUAUUGAACUGAUUUCAUAAUAGUUUGUAAGUGUAGUUUUAAGCUGACUUUGCCGCGAUUCCAUCAUUUAUUUUUUAUUCUGAUAGAUUUAUGAAAAGGUCCCCAUAACAAAAUUUAAUGACUCGCUCGAUUGAGUGUUUGACAUAUAUUUAACAUUAGGAAAGAAAUGUAACUUUAAAAAAGAAUUAAUCUGCCAUCUUUAAGAUGUGCAAGCGAUUAAUAAAAUUGGCUCGUUCCUACUUUGUGAAUUUGAGUGAUUUCUAUUUUUAUAGUUAUGGAAUUUGGUUGUUAAAUUUAAAACCGGAAUCAACUUUUGUGUGCAUCAAUUACAUUUUUACAGACAUA